CAGAACAGCCGGUCGUACCUGGCUUUUUCCAUGGGGUGCCAUGAGCGACGGUCUGGUGGUGGGCACGUAUCUAGCUGAACAAGUGGCAGUCACGAGCUACGUGCUGCUCUCUGUGCCCCUGGCGGAAAGUGCAGCGCCUGCCCCUCCUGUACCAUUUGUGGCGGGCAACAAGUUAAGGAAGAGGCGGCUGAGGAACGACCACAGCAAUUUCAAAGCUGAUGUGCUGCCAGCACUCGCCCUGGACCCACUGCUCAACCGCAAAACAGGGCAGGCAGAGAAGCAGGCGCAGCGCCGCCAGCGUCUCAACCAGAUUGAGAUCUCUUCAGCUCGAUUGGCCGAGGGCAGGCGCACUUGGACACCCCAGCGUGACGCAACUGCUCCGCCGCCAUCGCGAGGCGACAGCAAGGCAGUCGCGUGCUUGACAGCUCCUUUGCCAUGGUUUCGCCUCCAGGACUCAGAGUUCAAACCUCGGAAGAAAGGAAUGCGUGCCACAGAUCCCUGGGAGCUCUUUGACAAGAGCCUACGGGGCACUGGGGUUGAACAUAGUCCAAAGGCAAGGUCGCGGUGGACUCCACACAGCAACCGUGAUGAGCACGACCUCUUCAAGUUGAGCUUGACAGAGCAGCCCUUGCUGCCGGAGGAUGCAGUGGAGGCAUACUUUGAGAGCCAGCAGUCCAGGACCAGCCAGCGCAAAACCUCAGAAGCUGUGUGGAAUUUUCCACUUGGCAAGGUGGAGAAGAAGGGGACAGUUGCUGCAGAGAACAUGGAGGUCAAGAAGCACGCAUCAUUGAAGUCUCGUCGUGCCCCAGUUACGUCUCGCGUGUCCAUGCGGGACUCGCCUCGACAGGAGUCGGUGCGCCGAUCCCGAAACUCCACGGAGGCCUCCGAGGAGUUCGAGGGCGGAAGGAACCGUCACAUUGGCCCUGAUCUUUUGGACCAGAUGUUUGUGAAGCAAAAGAUGAGCCCCCUGCGACGGGAUGCUUGCCAGCUUCUCCGAAUGUUUGUCUUCGGGGCCGUUGGGAACGAGAACUGCAAGAACAGGAGGGAGCGCGAGAACGUGUUCUUUGAAAGCUGUGGUACCAAGGAUGACAUGCUCAAGCUGCUACAGGCCUGGGAUAAGGUUGACACCAACGACUCUGGCCGAAUUGACAUGGGGGAGCUGCAGCGCCUAGCAGAUCGUCUUAUGAUUGACGUUGCUGCGGCCUUCGCUUGGCAGGAGAACAUCGGCAUUAGUGGUGCCAACAUGGACAAGCUCAGCGGCUGUCGAAUGCCUGCAUGGAUCGAAAACACUUCAGUGGAGGAGCGCGUUCGCUUUGUGCACAAGCUUUGCGAACGUUUGACAGCAGUGCUAUCCACAGCUCGCAAGUCAAGCUUUUGCCUGGAGGACCUGAUGCGACUGAUCUGGUCCUGCUCGUCAGAAGAAGACUUGCGCCAGAUGCGCAGCUGGUGCGAGGAAAUCAAUCACACUCGCGACAAGUGGCGGGUCAGUCCACCACCGGUCUUGCCUGAAGAAGAGAAGGCCGCCCUGCAGGCAGUCUUCAACUUCUUUGACAAAGACAGCGGGGGCACGGUCACUGCCAAUGAGCUCAUCAUGUCUGGCCUCAUCGACAAGGAUUACGCCAAAUCCUUCAUCCGACAAGUGGACACGGAUGGAAGCGGUGAGAUCGAUAUUGUCGAGUUUUGCGAGCUGAUGUGUCCCCACGGCUUCCGUGCCACUGAGAAGUCCGUGGUGGGCAGCACCUGCCUGGGCCAGGCUGCGCGCUACAAUGUGGAUACCAAAACGUGGCGGCUGACUGAGGCGCCCCAGGAGGUGCGGACACAGCACCGUCGCUCCAAGCUAGGCUGACUCCCAACAUGGUGCGGCCUGGCGUGUGCCAUUAGAAGUCUUUCAGGUUGCAGUGGCCCUCCUUUCGAUCAGUCUGCCAUCUCUUGCAUAUUCGGGGCAGCUGCAGCCUGCUGGGUUGUCCCGAGCCUCCUGAGGGGGUGAGGCAACACGCCUGGGAAGGCAGGAGGGUUCCCAAAACCCCAGCUUUCAGAUUUCAGGUUUGUUGGACACGACUUGAAGCCGAGACUAGCCUGCUGAAAGCAGCAAUGUCCAGACCAGGCAGCCUCCGGUAAUCCGAGGCAUUCAUGACUGGUAGAGGGGAGGCAAAACAGGCAAGGCGU